AGUCCCUAUUUGGAACUGCUCUCGCGGCAGUUCAGACCUCGUGCGCGUCCCCCUCGCCUGUCUGUGUGUGGUAUCCGCAGGUCCGAGGCACUUUUUUUGGUGUGUGUGUGUGUGUGUGUGUGUGUUGAGUGUUUGUGUUCGGGGGUUUCUCGGGGCUCGGAGAGAGCCGGGCCGAGGGGAAGGAAGGAAGCCGCAGAGCUCCCUAUCUCAGGCUGCGUCUCUCCUCCAGCGCUCUCCUGCCUGCGCUCUGUGAGGCGGCAGCGGCGGUGGCGCCGAGCGCUCCUCGCUGGGUUCGCACAGCUCAAGUUGGGAGCAGCGAGGACCCCUUUGCUGAGGUUUCCCGUGCUCGCUGGAAUAAGAUGCCAGGGCGAUUGAUUUGCACCUACUGAACCCGGAGUUCCUCCCCGGCCCUGGGAAGGGUUGGCGGCGGCGGCGGCGGCAGUAGCAGACGGAACAGCAGGCUCUCCUCUCCGAGGGGGGGCGUCGAAGCGCCCGCGCCGGGCUCCAGCCCUCACCCUCCCGCGCUCCUGCGGCCCCGAGCAGCCACCUUCAGUGCCUGCCUUCUUCCUCUUCUCGUCGCGAGUCCCCGACCCGGCUGCCUCUAGGAUCAGACCCGCUCACCCCGGAUGCUUGGGGUUGCCCCGCGCACCCCGCUCCAGGUUCUACGCGCUGAGUAAUCCAAAGGGGACCCGCGCUCGCCCCGGGAGGAGCCCCCGGCCCUGGGACCCAGCUCUGGACCCGCCGGGGAGCCGACGAUGUCCACGCAGCCCCAGGCGUUGACACUGUCCACGCAGCCAGGGGAAGGCGGCCGGCUGCAGCCCGCCGAGCCCUAGGAGCACAAAGCCCGCUCCCGCCGCCCGGCCUCGGCGCCCGCCGACGACUUUGCCGCCCGCUCCGCAGCUCUUUGUCUCCACUUGGGGCGGGCGCCCGACUCUGGGAUUUCGCUGUGAUAGCGGGCUGGGGGGGCCGGGGGCGAGUUCUCGGUUCCCCGGCCGCCCCCCGCUCGGGCUCGGCUCCCCCCUCCCCCGCACCUCUCCGGCCCGGGCUCUCGGCGCUUCCACGCUCUCGGAAUCACGACCCCUCCCUGCCAUGUAUCCGCAAGGCAGACAUCCGGCUCCCCAUCAGCCCGGGCAGCCGGGAUUUAAAUUCACGGUGGCUGAGUCUUGUGACAGGAUCAAAGACGAAUUCCAGUUCCUGCAAGCUCAAUAUCACAGCCUCAAAGUGGAGUACGACAAGCUGGCGAACGAGAAGACGGAGAUGCAGCGCCAUUAUGUGAUGUACUAUGAGAUGUCCUAUGGCUUGAACAUUGAAAUGCACAAACAGACAGAGAUUGCGAAGAGACUGAACACAAUUUUAGCCCAGAUCAUGCCCUUCCUGUCACAAGAGCACCAGCAGCAGGUGGCUCAGGCAGUGGAGCGUGCCAAGCAGGUCACCAUGACAGAGCUGAACGCCAUCAUCGGGGUACGUGGACUCCCCAAUCUGCCUCUCACCCAGCAGCAGCUCCAGGCGCAGCACCUCUCCCAUGCCACGCAUGGCCCCCCUGUACAACUGCCGCCCCACCCAUCAGGCCUCCAGCCUCCUGGGAUCCCCCCAGUGACGGGAAGCAGCUCUGGACUGCUGGCACUUGGCGCCCUGGGCAGCCAGGCCCACCUGUCGGUGAAGGAUGAGAAGAACCACCAUGAACUUGAUCAUCGAGAGAGAGAAUCCAGUGCGAAUAAUUCAGUGUCACCCUCAGAAAGCCUCAGGGCCAGCGAGAAGCACCGGGGCUCUGCAGACUACAGCAUGGAAGCCAAGAAGCGGAAGGCCGAGGAGAAGGACAGCCUGAGCCGAUACGACAGUGAUGGGGACAAGAGUGAUGAUCUGGUGGUGGAUGUUUCUAACGAGGACCCAGCAACGCCCCGGGUCAGCCCUGCACACUCCCCUCCUGAAAAUGGACUGGACAAGGCCCGGGGCCUGAAAAAGGAUGCCCCCACCAGCCCCGCCUCGGUGGCCUCCUCCAGCAGUACACCUUCUUCCAAGACCAAAGACCUUGGUCAUAAUGACAAAUCCUCAACGCCUGGCCUCAAGUCCAACACACCAACUCCAAGGAAUGAUGCCCCGACCCCAGGCACCAGCACAACCCCGGGGCUCCGCUCAAUGCCAGGCAAACCUCCAGGCAUGGACCCGAUAGGUAUAAUGGCCUCAGCCCUGCGCACGCCCAUCUCCAUCACCAGCUCCUAUGCCACACCCUUUGCCAUGAUGAGCCACCACGAGAUGAACGGCUCCCUUACCAGCCCGAGCGCCUACGCUGGCCUCCACAACAUCCCGCCCCAGAUGAGUGCCGCCGCCGCCGCUGCAGCUGCUGCCUAUGGCCGAUCGCCAAUGGUGAGCUUUGGAGCUGUUGGUUUUGACCCUCACCCUCCCAUGCGGGCCACAGGCCUGCCCUCGAGCCUCGCCUCCAUUCCCGGAGGGAAACCAGCCUACUCUUUCCAUGUGAGCGCUGAUGGGCAGAUGCAGCCCGUGCCCUUCCCCCAUGAUGCCCUGGCAGGCCCUGGUAUCCCAAGGCAUGCCCGCCAGAUCAACACACUCAGCCACGGGGAGGUGGUGUGUGCCGUGACCAUCAGCAACCCCACGCGGCACGUCUACACAGGUGGCAAGGGCUGUGUGAAGAUCUGGGAUAUUAGCCAGCCGGGCAGUAAGAGCCCCAUCUCCCAGCUGGACUGCCUGAACAGGGACAACUACAUUCGCUCCUGCAAGCUACUCCCUGAUGGGCGCACACUCAUCGUGGGUGGAGAGGCCAGCACACUCACCAUCUGGGAUCUGGCCUCACCCACACCCCGCAUCAAGGCCGAGCUGACAUCCUCCGCUCCUGCCUGUUACGCCCUGGCCAUUAGCCCUGAUGCAAAAGUCUGCUUUUCCUGCUGCAGCGAUGGGAACAUUGCCGUCUGGGACCUGCACAACCAGACCCUAGUCAGGCAAUUCCAGGGCCAUACAGACGGGGCCAGCUGCAUAGACAUCUCCCACGAUGGCACCAAGCUGUGGACUGGGGGCCUGGACAACACCGUGCGCUCCUGGGAUCUGCGGGAGGGCCGGCAGCUGCAGCAGCAUGACUUCACCUCCCAGAUCUUCUCACUGGGUUACUGCCCCACUGGGGAGUGGCUGGCUGUGGGCAUGGAGAGCAGCAACGUGGAGGUGUUGCACCACACCAAGCCCGACAAGUACCAGCUGCACCUGCAUGAGAGCUGCGUGCUGUCCCUCAAGUUUGCCUACUGUGGCAAGUGGUUCGUGAGCACGGGGAAAGAUAACCUUCUCAAUGCCUGGAGGACACCUUACGGAGCCAGCAUCUUCCAGUCUAAAGAAUCCUCGUCUGUCUUGAGUUGUGACAUUUCAGCGGAUGACAAAUAUAUUGUAACAGGCUCUGGUGACAAGAAGGCCACAGUUUAUGAGGUCAUCUACUAAACAAGGACUCUAACAGGGCUGUCCAACUCUGGGAGAAACCAUCUCGGCUCUGACAGGGAGACCCCAGUCGAGGCCCCUGAGGAUGGCGGAGGAGGGGCCGUGAGCAGCCGCGCUCCGGGCUGUGCUCCAGCGGGCUGAGAGGGCACGUGCCCGCCAUGGCCCGGACUCCUGGGCAUGGAUUGAUGUGUCUCACAGACUCGGAUGGAUUCUCUUCUCCUCCUCCCCCUUAACAAUGCUGGCAGAUGCUACAAAUAGAUUUAUUUGGAGGCUUGUGGCUCCAGUUCCCCACAGACACCCUCAUGAAUCUCUGUCUCUUCCUCCCCAUUCUUUUGAUCUGUCCCCUCCCUGCUUGGGUGGGGGACAAUGGAGUGGACCACAUUGUUGUGCUGGGGAGGGGGAUCUCGUUCCUGAUUGUGCAGUGCACAAGAUUUGUGAAAACUGUAAAUAACAGACUCCUGUGGUGGACUGGUCAGUGGGGGAGGAAGCCCCUGCCCAGUGGGAGCUCGCCGUGUAUUUCGCCUGCUGUAUUUGUGAUCCACUCGUGGUGGUGGCUUUUUGUUUUUGUUUUUGUUUGUUUUUUAAACAGAAGUUCCCAUCAGGGAAAGGGACAGGGAGGGAGUAACAGGAAGAAGGGGUUGGAACAGGGAGGAGAGUCCUGGGAUCGGGGAAGGACCUGCAGCGGCCAAGCAGACUGGCACCUAACACCAGGUGAACGCGCCUCAUGCGGGUUUGGCACCCUAGGCAAGCCUUGAGGGAGUGCCAGAUGGACAGACGGACUGAAGGACAGUGCUGAGACCGGGCCGACCUGGGUUGAUGUCCAUAGGGGACAGCUGGGUUUCCCUCCGCUCUGUCUGCCUCUUGCCCUGUCUCAAGUCUCCCUCUCUCUCAGGCCUCUGGCUCCAUCUUUCUCUCCUUCUCCUCUUUCUCUUUGGUGCACACUGGGUCAUUGUGAUGAGAAAUGGAGGUUCAGAGGAACUCCCUCUCCAGCCUUUCUUAAUCUUCCAGAUGGAUGGAUGGACACAGCCUGGAAAUGACACCACGGUCGAGGGAAGCAUAGCAACUCAGCUCAGGGAGCUACCAGAGAAAAACAGCAAUGGAUGUGGGUGCUUUUUUUUUUUUUUUUUUUUUUUAAUUUGAAUAAAAAGAAUUAGAAGUGAUGUCUUCUCCCCCUUCCUGCCUUCAGCCCCUUCCUCUCUCCCUAGAGGGGACAAGCAGAUUAACCUACAGGGUUAUAAAGUCUGAGCAGGUGACUUGCCCUCUUCCCCUCCUGGGCAGGGCAGAGAGGGCCGGGGGCAGGGAGAUGUCCUGGUGCGCUGCGGUGAUUCCUAACAGCUCUCAGUCUCUUGUGGCCCACACAAGUUCCAGGUAGAAUAUGGUCUCCUGCGGUUGGUUACCAAGCUUUGGUACCAAAUGUUCUGAGGUAUUAGGAUGUUGGGUUUUGGUCUUUUUUUUUUUUUUUUCCUUUAAAAAAAAAAAGAAGAAGCUAAAGGCAGUGUGAGUCCUGGGGGUGGGCUCUCCAUGGAUGUAGCAUAUGGAAGAUAAUUUUUAUACUGCAUUUUUAUGGAUUAUUUUAUAAUGUGUGAGUUGGUCUGGUGAGGAGGAGGAGGAGGGGCUUCUGUGAAAACCGCCCAUCUUCAGGUGCUCCUGCGGCUGAGCAGCUUCCGGACGUGACGUGGAGGUCGUGGCUUGGAGCCGGCACAGCACCCUGUAUCUGUCUGAGAUGGGGACGCAGGGCGUCUGGAGUCUCUGUCUCUCUCCCUGAGUCUCAGAUGUUCAUCUGCCACCUCUUGUUAAGGCUCUAGCCCGGAGGGAGGGUGAGGGUAGAAGAAAGUUAUUCCUGAAGAAAAAAAAAAAAGAAAAUGAAAA